AUGGCAGUCCAUCAUAAAAGAGCUGGGGCCCAUCGAGGCAGAGGUUCUAAACCUGGCCGGGGUAGGGGACGGAAGUUUGAGACCUCGAGACUCAAGGAUGUGAGUGAGGAUAACUCGUCUGGAGAUGAAGAACGUGCGAAUGUGGAACCGGUCGAGGAACCGGGCGAUAGCGAAGGAUCUGUUGUAUCUUCCGGGAGCGACCUUGACGACCAACCGCGAGAGAAUUCAUACAGCACUCUUUUGAAGCUGUUGAACAAUGAUGCCAAAUCGAACGAACCAGCGCGUAAGAAACGAAAAAUUAGGCCUAAUGAACAACAUACGAGCCUCUCUGAACUACCUAUACCUGUAGAGGGAGAUGUCGAUCCUGGGAACGAAUUGGUUGAUAUGGAGGAAUCGGAGGAUGAAAUUAUAGACGAUGCAGAUUCACAUUUGGAGGAUGACAUCGAUGGCCUCGUAACUGACGGCAGAAAUGAUCCGUUUGAAAGCCACUUUGGAAAUCCUGAUGAAUCUGAACUAUCUCAGAAGAUUGAAGCUUGUUCUCGGCGAUGGCGCUCUAUAAAGUCGGACCUAAUUGAUGGAUUGUAUGCUGUGGCAUGUAGUCCGGAUGUAGAGCAAGCAACAAGUGUCGUUUUGCCUACGACCCCUACACCAGUUGAUCUUAAGCUCAAGCGAAAAUUAGCAAGGAGUGCCAUCUCAUUCGACCCUCUUAGCACCUGCCUUACGCCAUACAUAUUCGGAUACCGUGAUACCUUUUUUUGCUCGAGAACGACUCAAAACUCUGCUAAGCUGCGGGACAUAUAUUGUCUACAUGCUUUAAACCAUGUUCUAAAAACUAGAGACCGCGUGAUCAAGAACAGUGCGAUCUUGUCAAAGGAAGACGGAGGCGACAUUGAACUAAGAGAUCAAGGAUUUACAAGGCCUAAAGUGCUGAUAAUCCUACCAACUCGACAGGCAUGCGUUCGUCUAGUCGACUCUCUCACUAAGCUUUUCCCCAUGGAACAGCAAGAAAACAAGAAAAGAUUCAUGGACAGCUUCUCCGCGGCUGAUAAUGAUGGCUGGGUCAACAAAACAGAUGACUUCAAGGAGCUGUUUGGAGGAAAUGACGAUGACAUGUUCCGACUUGGUCUGAAGUUCACAAGGAAAUCUCUCAAAUUAUUUUCACAGUUUUAUAGCUCUGAUAUUAUUAUUGCAAGUCCGCUCGGGCUACGAACUGCAAUAGAAAAGGAAGGGGGGAAGAAACUUGAAAAUGAUUUCCUUUCCUCAAUUGAGAUGGUCAUUGUAGAUCAUGCAGAUGCCCUUAUAAUGCAGAAUUGGGAGCAUGUUGAAUACAUAUUCUCCAACCUCAACCUUCAGCCAAAAGAGGCGCAUGGCUGUGAUUUUAGCCGAGUAAGGCAAUGGUACCUUGACGGCCAUGCAAAGUUCCUACGGCAAACACUCGUCUUUUCGGCUUUCAAUACUCCAGAGCUCAACGCGCUGUACAAUUCACAGAUGCAAAAUGCCUUCGGAAAAGCAAAAAUAAUGCCAAAAUAUGACGGUGCCAUUCUAAAUCUCCGACUACCAAUUUCCAUCAAGCAAACAUUCUCUCGCUUCGAUUCGCUUUCACCUCUCAAAGACCCGGAAGCUCGCUUCCAGUACUUCACUCGAACAGUUCUAGCCAACCUUUCACGCAGCUGGACAGAGACAAGCUCUGGAAAGGGGAAGUUAGGCGGGACACUCAUAUUCAUCCCUUCAUACCUAGAUUUUGUCCGCGUACGGAACCACUUUGCCAAUUCCUCCCAGACUGCUAAUAUAUCGUUUGGCUUGAUAUCAGAGUACACAUCUGUACAGGACUCAUCAAAGGCCCGAAGCCAUUUUAUGAAUGGAAGACAUUCCGUUCUACUCUAUACGGAGCGAGCACAUCACUUCCGCCGAUAUAAUAUUCGAGGUGUCAGCAAUAUCAUUAUGUAUGGGCUACCCGACAAUCCCAUAUUUUGGGGAGAAGUAGUCGAGUAUCUGGGAACUGCUCCUGGCGGCACAACUACCACUCCUACGCUACGAGUUCUUUUCUCAAAGUGGGAUGCUCUGAAGCUAGAGAGGAUUGUGGGCACGGCUAGGGUUCGAAGCAUGCUGUUAGAAAAGGGAGGGGAUACGUUUACUUUUGUCUAG